AUGAUAAUAAUUUAUUUGAUAUACUUAAAAUUGUAAGAGAACUUAUUAAUAUAUAAUUUAAUUUUCAAACAAAAGAAAUAAUUACUAUUUGUUUUAAUAAAUGUAUAUUGUUUAAAAUUGAUUUGCCUCACAAGGUUUUCAAUUAGAUGCGAAAGCUAUUUAAGAAGUUUAACCAACAGGAGAGUAGGAUGCUUUAAUCAAGUAAUGUCAAUAAAAUUAUGCAAAAACAUAUAAAAUUAUCGAAUAAGAAAUUCUUAAAUUAUUUAAUAAUUAGCUAUCCCAAGAUAGAUAUUGUCCUACAUAAGAAGUUUCAUAAAUAAUAUAUUAAAAACAUAUAAAAAUUUUAUAUUUCAAAUUGAUGAAACUAGCAACAACUCAAAAUUAGAUUUUGAUAAGAUUUUCAGUCCAUUAAUUAUGUUGAAUUCCAAUUAAUUUCUACUGACAAUCCUAAUUGAUUAACAUUAACGAAAGAAUUCCUUUAUGAUUGAAUUAUGUUAUUUAUUAAACAAAAAAAAACAAUACUUUUNUAUACAAAUAACCAGUUAAUUAGCAAUAAUAAGUCAGAUGUAAAUCUAGAUUAGAUUAACGAAGUGAAUCAGUUUCUAAAAAAAUUGCCUAAACCUAAUAUUUCAACACUUAAGAUAUUAUAAGAAUUUAAAGGCAAACUGACAUCAGCGAUAUUUACGGGUAUCUAAUCCUAAAUAUAUAAAUAGAUAACCUCAUUCGAUCUAAUAAAAUUCUAAGCCUAAGUUAGGUGUUAAGAAAUCGAAAACUCCAGAUCUCAAAAAUUAUUAAAUGGUUCACUCAAGAAGUCUAUCUUAGAAUAAAAACAUUUCUGUUUCAAGAAGCAGUAGCAAGGCUAAAACACGAGGUAGCCCAUAUCACUCUGAAGGAAAGGUCUUAAUCAGUCAACCAGAUAUGAAUGGCUCUUUCUCAAAGAGUUUCUAUAAUUUUAAUAAUUUGAGUAAAUAUUAUUCAUAUUUUCAUAGUCAACUCUAAUUAACCUUUGUAUGCAAAAAUUUUAUCUAAGCAUUAAAAUUUUGUUAAAUUCAAUUAAAAAAAAUUACGCUCUGAAUCAUUAAAGAAAUGA